AUGACUAACCAUACAGUGAUGAUAGAAUUCUUCCUCAUGGAAUUAUCUGACACCAGGGAGCUCCGAGUCCUGUCUGCCUUUCUGUUUUUGCUGAUUUACUUGGAGACCCUCAUGGGGAAUCUUCUCAUUAUCAUCCUUGUCACUCUGGAUCAGUGUCUUCACACACCCAUGUACUUUUUCCUCAAAAAAUUGUCUUUCCUUGAUGCUUGUCUCAUUUCAGUAACUGUCCCAAACUUUAUUCUCAACUCUUUAUCCCACAGAAACAUCAUUUCCUUGCCAGCAUGUGUGUUACAGGUCUUGUUGUUGGUUCACUUUGCUGCAUCUGAAAUUUCUAUCCUCACAACCAUGUCCUAUGACCGCUAUGUGGCCAUCUGUCAUCCUUUGCACUAUGAGAUCAUCAUGAGCAGGGGAGUUUGUGUACAGAUGGUAGCUGCUUCCUGGUUUACUGGGGGUAUCUUUGGGCUCCUUUACUCCGUUGGAACUUUCUCUCUAUCUUUCUGUGGUUCCAGGAAACUCCCACAUUUCUUCUGUGAUGUCCCCUCUCUACUGAAGAUUUCUUGCUCUAGGACUCAUGUCAUCAUUAAUAUCAGUGUUGCACUUGGGGUCCUGUAUGGACUUUUCUGCUUAGUUUCCAUUAGUUUUUCAUACAUUUCCAUUUUCAGUACAGUGCUGAAAAUGCCGUCAUUGCAAGGCUGGUCAAAAGCUUUCUCCACUUGCUUGCCCCAUCUCAUAGUCGUGACCACAUUUCUUGUGACAGGUGCUAUUGCCUAUUUGAAGCCAGUCCCUGAUUCCCCACAACUUCUGGAUUUUUUGGUGUCUGUUUUUUAUUGUGUGGUGCCUCCAUCUUUGAAUCCUAUAAUAUACAGCUUAAGGAAUAAGGAUAUCAAAGUAGCUUUAUGUAAGAUUCUAUGGCAACUAAGCCACUAUAAGUUCCACAGCAUGGUGGUGGGGAAUAACAAUAGAAUUUGCAUAUAG